AUGAUAAGAGGGUUUUCACGUCUACGGACUUCUGUAAAAUCACAUUCAUUAUAUGUAGUGCUAUUAUAUACAGUUUUCUUGGGAGCUGUGCUUGCAGCUUCUCCAUCCGCACUCGAAAAAGAGGCUUUUAUCAAUUCGCUAAUCCGUCCCAAAGCAGUAUAUUUGCCAACAACACGAUCUACUGCUGAUCUCGUCAAGAGAGGAGAAGAAAAUUGCCAAGAGGAAUGUCCUCCGUGCUUUGAUUGCCAUUUAGAAGCCUUUCCUUGCAAGCAAUUCGGGAACUGCAGUGACUAUGAUGGGCGUUGUCAGUGUCCACCCGGUUUCGGUGGAUUGGACUGCUCUAAGCCUUUGUGUGGCUCAUUAGCCGAUGGAAAAAACCGGUUGCCACGAGAAGAUGACCAAUGCGUUUGUUCAGAUGGCUGGGGUGGAAUCAAUUGCAAUGUAUGUCAGUCAAAUGAGGCAUGUGAUCCACUUGUUAUCACUGGGCAGAAUGGCACUUGUUAUAAAGGUGGACUGACUGUUAAUGAGAACUUCCAAAUGUGUGACGUGACAAAUAGGAAAAUUCUUGACAUGUUGCCUAAUCAACCUCCACAAGUUACGUUCUCCUGCAACAGAACCAACAAUACGUGUGAUUUCCAAUUUUGGAUCAAUAGAACAGAAUCAUUCUAUUGCCAUCUUGAUGAAUGUGCAUUUGAACAAGAAAUUGGCUACAAUAAGAAUGUAACAGAUUAUUCAUGCAAAAAGAUAAAGUGCGAAUGCAUGAUUGGAGAGAUGCUCUGUGGGAAGGAAGGCAGUAUUGACCUGUCAGACUGGCUAGUUCAGGAGAUCAAGGGCCCCGCUUCGUUCACGUGUGUCAAUUCUGACGAUUGUCGUUUUGAUGAACCUCAAAUGAGUGAACUCAUAAAGUCAGUAUUCGCAGACAAAUAUAUUACGCUUAGAUGUUAUAGUGGCGAAUGUCUUCACUACACACAAGUGCCUGGAUUUGUCCGACCGGAAAAACCAAGAAAUACGACGAUAAUCCUUGUUUCAGUAGUAGCAGUUAUGGCGUUUGUCUUUGCAGUUUUUGGAGGCGUGUUCCGUUUAUCGCGUAAUUGGAGAGAAUCCCAUAAUGGCUUUGUACAACUCCCCGAUGAUGAAGCAGGCAAACUUAUGACUGACCAUACGCCAGCUUCUCUAUUAUUCCAAAACGUGCGAUAUUCAAUUGCAGAUAAACAAGUGCUACAAGGUAUACAUGGGAUGGUACAGCCUGGAGAAGUGAUGGCCAUCAUGGGCGCAUCUGGAGCAGGGAAGACAUCAUUUUUGGACAUUUUAGCACGAAAGAAUAAGGCUGGUACAAUAUCUGGCGAAAUAUAUGUUAAUGGACGUGUAGUCGAAGAUAGCAAAUUCAAGAGUCUUGUCGGUUAUGUUGAUCAAGAAGAUCAUUUACUGCCUACAUUGACCGUAUACGAGACUAUUUUAUAUUCUGCCCUGUUGAGAUUGCCGCGGGAAAUGUCAUUGCAGGCCAAGAAAUACAGAGUGUUGGAGACUAUGAAUGAGUUGGGAAUAUUGUCGAUAAAAGAUUCGAGAAUAGGGGAAGCGGGCGCUCGAUCGAUUUCCGGCGGAGAGAAACGUCGUGUUUCCAUUGCAUGUGAAUUAGUAACUUCACCAUCCAUCCUAUUCCUUGACGAACCGACAUCUGGUCUUGACGCUUAUAAUGCAUAUAAUGUUAUCGAAUGCCUUGUAACACUGGCAAGAAAUUACAACCGUACAGUUAUAUGUACAAUUCAUCAGCCCAGAAGCAACAUAUUCAUGUUGUUCGAUCAUUUGCUACUGCUUGCUGGAGGUUACAUGGUUUACUCUGGUGAAGUGAAGGAAUGCGCGGAAUAUUUUGAGAGUAUUGGACAUAAAUGUCCGCCUGGCUUCAAUCUAGCAGAUUAUCUAGUGGACUUGACGAUGUACGCGGCCAAACCCGCAGAGGAAGAGGGGGGCGCAGAAGGUCACUCAACCUCGAUUUCUGCAGAUACACGAAAUCAACCUGUUGAACUUCUGAACAGAAGCAAUGGCAGGACGCCAUCUCGUAGUCAGCCUCCAAUCCACGAUUUACAGGAAUUACAACUCUACAGACCCCAUCGGCAAUCAAAUAAUAGUAGUAAUCCAAACAGCGAAGAGCCCGUCUGGGAGACAGAGUUGAGGAAUAGACCUCGACCAGCUAGACGUCCUACUGGAUCCAGUACUGCCAUAGAUGUCGACUACGAUGAGUUCGAGCAUACAGACAACGAAAGGAUAAGUGAGCAUUUACUGACGCUUGUUAACGGCUAUGCCAGAAGUUUGGUUGCACUUAGGAUUAAAGAUGAAAUCAGCCAGGCAGUAAAUAGCAAUGGUAACGAAGAACGGCCCUUAAUAGCUUCCGCCCAAGAGACACAGACUAUCACUUCCCAUCGUAGAGCCUCAUGGUUGACUCAGUUCAAAAUCCUUUCUGAUCGUACAUUUAAGAACCUAUAUAGGAAUCCUAUGCUCAUGUUCACUCACUACUGCAUUAGUGUCUACUUGGCCUUGCUCUGUGGUGCUUUGUUUUAUCAAGUUACAAACGAUAUUGCGGGUUUCCAAAAUCGAAUGGGCGUACUUUUCUUCAUGUGUGCCCUUUUCGGAUUUGGUUGCUUGAGUUCGCUACAUGUAUUUUCCGAAGAAAGGAUUUUGUUCGUAAAAGAACGGGCUAACGGAUACUAUGCUCCAAUUACAUACUUUGCAUCCAAGGUGUUAUUUGAUAUCAUACCUCUACGUGUUGUGCCACCCAUACUUAUGGGAGUAAUAAUCUAUCACAUGGUUGGCCUUGUUGGCGGGACAGUGUCUUUUCUCAAAUUCAUCUUGGUAUUGGUAUUGUUCAACCUCACUGCAGCAAGCAUUUGUCUGUGCAUUGGCAUCCUCUUCAAGGAAAUCGGGGUUGCCAGUCUAUUAAGCAGUCUGGUUAUGUUAUUCAGUAUGCUGUUUGGUGGUUUGCUUCUUAACAAAGAAUCUAUUCCUGAAUAUUUGGCAUGGCUCAAGGACCUUUCAUUCUUCAAUUAUGCCUUUGAGGCUUUAAUUGUCAAUGAAGUUGCAUAUUUACAAUUAACUGAAGAAAAGUUUGGUUUAACGAUUGAUGUUCCUGGCGCCACUAUCUUGUCUACUUUUGGUUUUGAUGCUGCAGCAUACUGGGCAGAUGUUAUCAAAUUAGCAAAAAGCAGAAGAGACAUUCACCUCGGUCGUCAGCGAGCCCUUAUUGAUCCAUUUUCGGCGAUGUUCGCCAGCAGCAAGAAGCGUGACGACAACGUCGCAUUCGAACUCUAUUGUGUGUCAGGCGACGGCGAGCACAUUGCCGUGAGUAAUAUCAUCGGAACGCUUCCAACGCCCUUGUUCGAAUUGAUGUACUGCUGGAGCAUUCUCCGCGACAAGCAAUAG